AUGUUGAGAGAAUUGAAAGAGUCCAAAGAAGGUUUCUACGACACCUGGCAUCAGAAUAGUAAAAGCAGUUUAGCCUUCGUAAUAGAUGACACUUCUUCUAUGAGAAAUGAUAUACGUCAAGUAAGGAAGGGUGUAAAAAGUAUUUUUGAUAUUGUGAAGAAUAAAAAUUCAUCUCAAAUCGAAGAUGUUAUUCUGGUGACUUUCAAUGACCCAAAGGCUUUGGAUUCCAUAAAUGUAGGCGGAGGAGGCGAUUGUCCCGAAGUGACUUUGACUGGAAUUGAAAAGGCUUUAAUUGAAAGCCGGCCUAGAUCUUUACUAUUCGUAUUUACUGAUACAAUUGCUAAAGAUUUCAAUAAACUUGAACCAGUUAAAGAUUUAGCAUUGAAAAAGCUUAUUCAGAUUUCGUUUGUUUUAACGAGGGGGUGUGCCGAGGAAACCGAUGAAGCCUAUAAGGUGUUUCAAGAUCUAGCUGCGAUUACAUCUGGGCAAGUGUUUAACUUAGACCUAUCUGCAGACAUCAGGGAGCUUUUAAAAUAUGUUGAAGAAUUAGUACAAAGCCGAAAAACUGUUGUAGCCAAUAAAAUAUUUCCUCCGGGUCCUCAUACUUUUACGUACACGGUUGACAGCAAAAUGAAAGAGCUAAUCAUCUCUGUAGCUGGAAGAAAUACAAACGUGACUAUAGCUGGACCGGAUGGUCAGAUUGUUGACAAGCAGGGCAUCGCUCGGACACCGACUUUUACUGUGGUGAAAGUAACUGAAAUAAAGCCAGGAGUUUACAAAGCAGAAGUGAACAGCGAAUCAGAGACGUCGGUUGUUAUCACUGCAAGUACCACACUUCAUUUUCAGUAUGGAUUUUCUCCAAUCAUUCCUACGACAAUUGCUAGUACUUCUACUAAACCUAAGCCAGGCAAGAAAUCUUUUAUAGCCAUUAAACUUAUAACUGAUGAAGGCGAAAAUGUGACACUUGAAAUGUUACAAAUUAGAAAUAUGGAUGACAAAAUUGUUACGGAAGUGCCAUUUGCAAAAACAGCUGACAAGAAAAAUCAAUUCUACGUUACGGACAAAAUGAAGUUACCAAGAGAUGCAUUCAGAAUUGCCAUCAAAGGUUAUGACUUCAAGACUAAAACACCGAUAAUGAGAAUUAGCCUGACGCCUAUUGAACCACAGAUAAUAGUGACACAUGCAAACACACCACCGAAAGUUUGGAUUGUUGGAGAUACAAAAGUAACGGUCGAAUAUGGUCACCCUUUGAAAUUGAGAUGCAGAAUAACAGCAUACCCUAAACCUACAGUUGUAUGGGAGGAUAGCGAUGGAAAGUCGCUCUCAGCUGAUUUGACUGUAAUAGAAAUUUCAAAGGAUUACGUAAGCGUUCUAACUAUUGACAGUGUGAAAAAGAAUGAAACAUACACAUGCAAAGCAAAAAAUCAUUACGGUCAAGAUGAAAUGGAUGUCGUCGUUGAAACUACAAGGGCUUUCUAUUUAGAUGUUUUGGAGACACCAGAAAGUGCAGAAAUUGAAGUGGACACAUCAGCAAAAUUCGCGUGCAAGGUGGAUGCUAGACCUACAGCAGACAUCCAAUGGUUAAAAGAUGACCAACCUCUUACAAUUGAUGAAAACAUUAAGACAUCAGCUGAUAGCUCAGAGCUAAUUAUCAACAGAAUGAAGCCUGAAAAUUCCGGACAUUAUACAUGUACUAUGUUCUUAUCAACGCGCGUGGAAGAGGGCUUUGAGAUCAUAGGUUUGCCGUACUGCCUUUCACAUGAGCGCACGUUUUCGACGCGAUUGCUUAAAGGCAAACCAAAACCUACAAUUGAUUGGUUCUUCAAAACAACCGAAGGUCCUAAAAAAAUUAUUUCAUCAGGAGAAGAUCAUUUAAUUCUUCAUAACGUCUCGAAAAAAAUAUCGGGCAAGUACUUCUGCGAAGUUCGCAACGAUGCGGGUGUUGAUUCUCAUUAUACAAAUAUUAUUGUGGAUUUUCCCCCAGACGUUAAAGGAAAUUCUGCAAAAAUCACAGCAAAAUUAGAUGAUGAAAUAACAAUCCAAUGCAGGGUGGUAGGUGAACCUUGCCCUGAAGUUACGUGGUUCGUCAAUGACAGCAUAAUUGACACUCAACCUUGCAGCAAUGAUGAAAUUCACAGUUUGGUGUAA